AUGAACGUCAUCACCUUUGCACCAUUCACACAGCUUUGUUUGGGCUCCGGUAAGAAGCCGGGAUACGCCCGCGUUGUGGCUUCUCGCCGCGUUGGUGCUGUGGAGGGGAAAAAACCCGAGGUUGCCGCGGUAUUUCUGGACGAGAAGAGGAGCAAGCUUCGUGUGUGGUGUGAGCACAAAGGCAUCACAACACUGCGAGGAGCAGGAAAGUACUCGUCACGUAUCGUUGACACGGCCAGUGAUGGUCUUUUCACUGCGUUGUUUUUUCAUCAUGACAAAGGAAGGCGCUUGGGUCUAGCCAUUGUGCAGUUCAACCCGCUCAACGCGACACACCUUGCUGGGGAUCCUGUAGACUACAGCGACGACCUGGAUGCCGUUCUCAUACCUUUAGUGCCGUGCGAAAAAAAGAGUAACGAAACAACCGCGCAACUGCAGAUUCAUUGCUCAAGCUUAAAGCUGACAGCUUCAGGUCUAGUGGUAAGUCUGCUGGUCUCUACCCGUGGUGGGGAACGAUACCUCAUCAUUGGUUCCAUCGGGGCGAACAAAUGGAAGUGUUUUUGUUUGGAUGCCGCAUUUGGCCUAUCCGCUUUGCUCAGUAUUCAAAGCGAUCGUAUUGUUUCGGUGCUUAGCUGUGAGGUGGGUCCUCCAGUCGACCACACGAUUUUGACAGUGUCCCCAACAGUGGAGUUGGCGCUCUCAGUCUUUGAGGCGACACGUAUGGUCUCCGAUGAUAAUGAGAAGAAGACUUACUUGUCAGUGCAAUCUGCAGGGGUGCAGUGCUGCGUGGUGCUUCGUGAAACCAUCUUUUCGUUGGAUGACGGCGACCCAAUCAUUCGAGUAUGGUAUCAAAGUCAGCUCUUCCACCCGCCUGAGGGGCAAGGCGGUGCACGCCUUGCCCCUCUCUGCCGCAUAUACGCUGACCAUGAGCAGCAGCGCUACGCCAUAGUUGUCUCGUUUGCCUCGCAGAGCUACUUGGUGCACUUACGGCGAUCCCCCUUUAAUAUGGAGCUUGUAGCCGGGUGUACCAAGAUUGGGUUGCAAAGUCUCCCACACAGCGUGUUAUGGCUAAGGCUGAUGCACCCCUCGCGGUCAGAGGGCGGGUUACAAAUAGUUCUUGUACUUUCACAAGACUACCGUAUUUAUGCUGCAGAGGUGUUUGGUAGCGCCAUUAACGUGGUGGUGGAGAACGGAGACAACACAGUUCGUUUUACGCCUCCAGCAAGAAGUUGCUUUGGCAGUGACCACACUGUGGAAAGCUCUACGGACUCCCCAUGUCUUAUACGGGUUGGAGAAAGUGAGCUUCUCUGCUCCAAUGGACUCUUGGCUGUGGUGCUGCGGGUGGCCGCACUUGCCAUUGAUGGGGAGAUGCCGCGCGAACUUCUCAUUCCCUUAACCAUUGAGAAUGAAACGUCAGAGAGGCGUGUCGUAACGCUCCUGAAAAGUCUGUCACGCCUUGAAAAGGUAUCGAAUUUGAGCCGAAGUGAGCUUCUUCAGCUUACAUUUCAGCAGGUUCUGCCGAUGCUUCGCCUCGCCGGAUCUUCUCAGCAUGAAGUCUUCCUGACUCAGCGAGUGUUUCAGGCUCUUUUAAAUGCCGCUGCCCCAACUUCGGCAUCGGAUUGGAGGACGAUGUGGGGUAUCACCAUGCUGUUGCAGAGAAUCCUUUCAAAGAGGGAUUUGGAUAACUGUGUUGUGUAUACAGACAUCUUUUUUAUUCAUCUGGUAGAUAAUUACGUCCGUUGUAACGGGACAGUGGAUGAGCAAGCGCAAGCAAGUGAGACCCUUUUAAGUGUUGUCUCCGAGGAAUUAAAGUGUGCAUGGAAACGGUUUAUGCAGCAGCAGGAUGAGGACGUCUCGUUUGUACUUGAUAGUUUGGCAGAGCGUGUUUCACUUAUUUCACUUGCGGAGGAAUGCGUGCGCCGCAUGGUUGUGGUCACCACUUUAUCAAACGGGACGCAUGUGGUGUCUGUGGGGGAACGCGUGUCUCAUGUUAUCCACGCCAUUGCAACGGCUCUACUGGCCUCCUGUUUGGAGGUGCCGGUGUACGUGAACAAGGAUGAUGCGGGGCGAAUGGUCUGUCAAAUGCAUCAAGUGGGAGAUACCUCUCUUUUUCUACCGCCAUCUUCUUUCAAGAAUCGCACGACGUUUGAAUACGCUCUGACGCUUUCUACGGACAUUCUUUCUGUCACCUCUCCAGACACGCACGCAACUUUGUCUGCGAGAGCAUUGCUUUCAAUGCUCUUGUCGAGGCGAUAUCAUGUGGUCUCUGCCUUCCUUUGUAUUUUUACCGCUCCCUUGACGGAGUACUUGAUGCCACUUGGCUCUAUUUGCGACAAUGCCCAGCUUAUUACGGAGUGCUCAGCGGCGGCCUUCCUUACGGAGGCUGCACUCUUCAAGAAGAUUCUCUCCGAACCUGUACCGUCAGACGUUCUUUGUGUUCUCUGUGCUGGAUCCGUGCUUGAUGACUACUUCAACACGGAACUUUGGUGUUACAUCGGCAACGUCCUCAGCAAGGAUACACAGUUCUUUAUUGUGGUCGCGGUCAUUCACGCGAUGACGGACCGGAUGAUUGCAGCCCAAAACAACUACUCAGCGAGUGUGGCCAAGGCGCUUUUGAAAGAGGGGCUGGAGAAUCCGCUGCAGGAGGAGGUGACGGUGGAAACAUGCCGAAAGAGGCUGGGGAUCAUAUUGGAGCGACUUGAGCAUGCUUGGGCCUGCGCUGCUCCAUGGUUGCCGUACAAGGUAAAAGAUAUCGCGAGUAGCGUGCUCACUAUCAAUGGUGCUGAGCAGGAUGGAAAUCACGACGGACAAACGAUUUGUGGUGAUUCCGUUGUCUCUCACACUUGCAUUUUAUGCUUUCGCUUAUUGGCCCUAAUUGGGUACUCGUAUCGGACUGAGGAACACAUCACGGAGCUGACAAAACAAGUGGCAGGUGAUACCUCGGUGCUUGUCCACGUUGCUUUUUUGCUGCUGCAGGCCAUUACGAACCUGAAAGGGACUGCGCUGCCGGUUGACUCUCUCCGAUGGCGGUGUGUGGAUCUCGCGGCGAUGGCAUUGCCGAUGUGCACUGGUACACCUGGACUGGCCGGAUUCAUGCGGGAGAUGCUUCAAUACUCAGAGGCUGCUUUGACAGUCAUUGCACCACUUAAGCAGUACUACUACACUGUAGUGGAUCACCUUACAGAGGUUGCACAAGCAGACGGCAACGCUGGAGCGGGCGCCGCCUUUCACGAGCUGCAAGCGCAGAUAACGGUACAGAAGAAGAACUCCCCCACAACCACAAAAACCACGACGUACUUCCGUUGGUCCAAGUGCGGCGGUGCGGUUGUUCCCGAAUGGCCGGGCAAUCACAACUUGCUUACCCGCCGGUAUUUGAUCAACACCGAGUGGGUGGACGCCAUGUGGCCGAUUGAGUUUGUUCCCCAGUUGCUUGCGGACUGUCUUACGCGGACACAGGAACGUAUUUGCGGCUGCAACACCACAAUUCGUCCGGCGGAGGGAGAGCCCUCGCCGCAGUUUUCUUACUCACUAUUCCACCAACUGUGCAAGCUCUCUCCGCCGGUGCGCAACCAUGCCUUGAUAGCCCCCAUUGAAGCGGCAUCCGAAGGGGCGAAGCGUUCUGAGCUAAACCAUCCUCAAGAAAUUCGACGCACCGGGGAUCACAUGGCCCCUUCCAGUACGGCCUCAACCUCUGUGGCGAUUGCACCAUCAAUGUUGCGUCGGAAAACAUCCCCUGAAGCGGGGCCACAUGCGGAGUCUUCCCCUUAUCUGGAGCGAAAUGAUGAUGGCUUGGUAGGUGGUGCAUCGACUUUGUUAUCUCCGCCAGUACGAGAGGUGCGAUCACUGCCACGAUUUUUGACCAAAGGUGGUGAUACUAGCGCCGCUGCCGCUGCGGCCACGGCGUUGUUUCCACCCGAAAGCAUUGCGUGGUGGGAGACAGAUGACGCACUCGACGAGGCCGCGGGGCGGCAGCGCGUCAUUAGGGAGACGCUGCAAGACAUCAACCCUGAAUUUACCACCACUGCCACGUCGUACACAAGAGCAACAAGUGAGGGCGGGGAUAAUCUUUCUGAGAAAUUUGACAGAAAGUUUUCCUCGUCGAGUUUUUCGCCGCGUCGUUGCAGAAAACAUCAUGUGCACCACUACCGCUGCGCCAAACACCGGGCGCAUGGGAUCCACACCAAAGAGUGGUAUCAUUUGAGAAGACAGUCUCGCCAUGGAAAUGCUCCAGCGGGGAUGCGGUCACCAGAAGUCAGUUCCCUGGCUGCAAUCAAAGAGGAGGCAGCGAUGAAUGUUAAGCUUCUGCAAUUUAAGCAUGUGCUUCAACCACCAAAUCUGCCAUCGAGUGUGGUCCCAACGGAUAAGAUACAACUUGUACAGCCACGGCUUUCAGAAGACACAAACGACGUGGCACCACUGCAGCUUCUCUCGCUUAAGGCAAAGCCACACAGGCCUCGCGUGAAAUUGUUUGCGUGGAGUGGAGCUGAAACCAAUGAUGCUGAGGUCGAAGGAAACGGUGCCGGCGCGAAGAAUGUCGGACCGGACCGACCACAUGGUUUUCUUGUAGGAACAUCGUCGCAUUCGCAGUUGUUGGAGCCACCAAGCUUGCCGCCAAGUUCUGUGUUUUUGAGUCCGUCUCCUUUGCUCACGCUCAAGUUUCCAGUAAACGUAGAUGCAACCCAUCGGAAACCGGUUUCCCAGGCCGCGGUACCACGCUCACUGCAAGAAGAAGAACGCCGUGUGGGAGACACGGAGGAGCCAUUGGGCCCUAUCCCUGCCCCCACCGUGAAUGUGCCUAUCACUUCUGCUUCGUUAAAACAGCAGCAGAACCUUCCCACAAGUACCACCGCACUUUCGUUGACAUCGAAUGCCCCUUCGACGAUGCCACCUUUUGCUCACCACGAGAGCUCCGCUGGAUUCAUGCUGAGUGGUGCUGCUGCGCCGGUCGAGAUGAGGAACGAGGAAGCAGAGUUGAGGGAGUCAUCAAAACAACAAGUGGCGUUGGCGCCGACCACAUCGCGAUCCAUUUUUCCAGCUUCCGUUGAGGACUCUCCGACUGUGUUUGCGUUGAAGAAGCCGGUGCUUCCACUUUCGGAAACGGCCGCAUUUUACAAGUACGUGGACGAACUGAAGGCUGCAGACACUGCUGCCGUCCCUGUGCCUCUUCCACUCCAUCCUGCGCAGUCUUUGCCUGCGUCAACGCCGCCUGUCAUGCCUACUGGAGUCACUUCAAAAAUUCCUGAGUCCCUGCAACAGCAACAACGCGAUAUUAUUGGAGUUGUGAAGGAGCUACUCGCUAAGCACGAGGAACAGCAGGCAAAACAAUUCAAUGGUGUUAUUGAGGCGAUUCGAACAAGCACACAGAGACCACCUACGCCUGUGGUGAGUGCUCCAGUUGCUGUGCAGCAAACACAAGGGUUGAACGCGACAGAGCAGGCAGCGUUGGUACGCCACACGAUUCAACAGAAAGACAAGCUUUUGAUGAUGAACCAAGAUUUGUUGGACCUUCAUGCGCGGGCUGAGCGUCUUACUGCAGCUCCAGUGAAGAAUGAAGCCACAUCAUUUGCUUCCCCACACAUUUUAGUAGACAGUGAAAAGACGCGUCAGGUAACACAACCAACAGUUUCUCUGGCCGUUCCUGUGCAGCUUGCCACUACGACCCCUGCAAAGAAAAGUGAGGUUGCAACCGUGUCUUCUGGCGUCCAAGUUGGUGUAGGCGUGAAGAGGAUGGAAGAUGCAGCCACUAUGGCGGUGACACCAGUCGCACCACCACCACCAGCAGCAGCAGUGACAACAGCAAUAAGAAUGACACCAGCGCCUCAGGUGACUGAUGAGACUAGCAGCGGUGUGAAGAAUAUGGUCCCGGACCCUUCCUCUACUAUGAGCAUCAAUCAUAGUUUGUCUAGUCUUUACCAACUAAAUGCUGAGCUGUUGCGCGUUAAUGCUACAGCUGGUGAUAUGGAACGAGCCAUUCAGGAGUCACGGGCCGUGCUGCAUAAGCACGCCUCACUGAAUAACGCGUACGCGUCUGCUGUUGAAGGAUCAUUAAUGGUGGAUGCAAUGCGUCAGCGAACCGCCGCUCUUGAGCAGCAGCUUACAGUUCUGAACUCCACUGCGGCAGAUCCUCCAUCUGCGGCUAACCAAAGCAUGAAAGAUACUUUAAAGUGGCAUGCCCUGUCCGAGUCGGAGGAAAUUUUUGGCAAACAUGUGUUUGUUUCCUCCACUGUGGAGAGUGGAACUACCGGGCAGGGUAACGAGGGGGGGGCACGGGAGACCUUGCCGCCUCGCCAGUUUGCUUUUACAGGUGAAAAAGUUGAGGCUGAGUGCAAUGGUUUCCCUGGUUUUGGGCCGCCGGCUCCUCUUCCUGUUUCAAAAGAACAAGCUUCAGAUCAUGUGUUUCAGUCCCACACGGAGGAAACUCUUCGGAAGGACUCACUUCCUGUUAACCCCGGCACCACAGAAACUCCAAGUGGGGCUUUGCACACACCAGCUUUCCGCUCUCACCGAGCGAAGACUGCUUCUAUUGGCCGAGAUCCAUCACCAUCUAUGGGCAGGCGGGGUAAUUCAUUGCAGCGUCGUUCAGGUGCUUCGCUCUCAAGUCCGGUGGUGGACUUGGGCGAUAUUUAUACGGCGGCUGAGUCCUCGUUUAGGCAAUCAGCGGCGAGGAGAAGCAUGACACCUGCUAGGACUCGGGCGGGGGUCACUUCGCCAUCCCAGCGAGUACCGGAGCGAUUUUUCAUGUACAUACCGCCUGCCGACGCAGGGAAGACGCGGCGCGCAAAUGACGGAUGCAAGACUGCUUCUCCUCCUUCUGCACCACGCCACCGCUCAAUGGCAAUCGAGUCGGGCGCGACAACCGCAAUGACAAUAAAAACUGUCAAUGUAUCAAAAGCGUUGACAGUGGCCCCCAAGCACAGCACGAGAAAAGCCCCCUCAUCUGGUAGGGACAGCAAGCGACGGGAAACACUUGCACUACACACAUCUAAGCGUCUUGCAGAGCUUAACAGGGCCUUUUUAUAG